AUUUUUCUUUAUUCCAUCAUAUUUUCAAGCCAAAAAAUAAUGAAUCUUUGGCUCCAUUGCAAAUGACGUAAAUCUCCUCAGAUAAUCUAAUUUAUUUAAACUUGUCUAAUCAAUCCUCAAAUAAAUUCAAACAAAAAGGGAAAACUAUCAAAUUAGCCCCCAUACUAUGACGAAAAAGUCGAUUAGGCUCUCGUACUUUACAAACACUCAAUUAAGUCCUCGAACUAUUUAAAAAAAGUUCAAUGAAGCCCUUUUGGUUGGUAAGUAACUGGUUUCCCGGUUAAACGACGACGACGAUGUGCUCGAACCCCAGCAACGGCGGCUGCCGGGAAACGGGUUACAUUUAACUGGGAAACCGGUUACUUACCGACCGAAAGGGCUUAAUUGAACGUUUUUUAAUAGUUCGAGGACUUAAUUGAAUGUUUGUAAAGUACGAGGGCCUAAUCAACUUUUUCGAUAUAGUACAUAGUACGAGGGACUUAUUUAAUAUUUUCCCAAACAAAAACAUAGUCGAUCUCCGUUUUCUUGGUCCACAAAAGAAAUAAAAACACAGUCAAAAGCAACUCACUCUCAGUCCUCUCCGUAACCGCAAUUUCAGUGAUCAACUCUGCUAUUACAGAGAAAACGACCAAUCCACCACUAGCCUCAACUGCCGUUUGCUUUGUUCCGACACUCUUUACUUUUGAAUCUAUGUUCUAGCAUAAAGCAAAUGGAAUCCAGAAAAGCAGAACCCAUUUCCCACCGGGUGACCGGGGAACCGGACUCCGUUUCUCAUCCGCUGCCCGGUAAAGCAGAUUCGGGCUCCCAGUCUCACCCGAACUCGGAUGAGCCCGAAAAAAUCACUGCUUCAGACUCUUCGCCUGCUAACUCCGACGAAAUGGAAUACAAAACACCAGAACCCAUUUCUCGCCGGGCGCCCGGGAAACCGGAAUCAGUCUCCCAUCCGGUGCCCGCGAAAUCGAAAGCGGGUUCUCUCUGGAAUCUGAUGGAAACCGGGGAAGAUGCGGAUAAAGAUUCGCCGCCAGCUUGCUCAAACCGAAUGGAAUCUAAGAAACGGGAACUUGCUUCUAGCCCGGCGGCAGGAAACCCGGGAUAUGUUUCUCAUUCGUCAUCAAAGACAGGAAAAUCAGAUUUUCACCGGAAUUCGCAAGAUACCGGAAAAGCCGCCGCUUCAGAUUCUUCGCUGGUUAGCUCACUCCGAAGGAAGCCCAGAAAACCAGAACCCGGAAAAGCGACAGCUUCAGCUUCUUUUCCAGCUAGUAAUCAAAAUUAUACUUCCAGCGGAGACGGUGUUACUGAAGAACAAGAUUUGCCGCCGGGAGAGUCAACGCAGAGGUCUUCGAUUUCUUCCGACGUAAGCUAUCUAACCCAAGAAUCCUCCCCGAGGGAAGAAAGGGCAAUCGUGUGCCUUCCGGCUCCGGUGGAGAUGGAUCCGAGGCAAGAGGUGGUGGUGAGAAGGUCAUCGGAACCGGACUCUUUGGCCUUGGUGGUGAUUGAUGAGUACGCCGGAGAUGUGGACGGCGGUGCGGGAGGAAGCAGGGGCAGCGAGAACCGGCGGAAGUUGAAGGAGAGGUUGUCGACGAUGAGGAGGUCGCAGAGAGAGAAGAAGUUGAAGAAAGCUGCUUUGGGUUUUAGGGUAUUUGGAUUUAUGCUGUGUUUGGUUUCCUUGUCCGUCAUGGUGGCUGAUCGGAGACAGGGCUGGGCUAUUGAUUCUUCCGAGCUUUACAAGGAGUUCAGGUCUUUUCUUCUUUCUGAGUGCUUCUCUGCUUAGGCGUUGUUUGGUACUCAACGACAGUCAAUGCAAUAGGGUUUGUGUACUCAGGAGCACAGGCAAUUGGUUUGAUUUAUCACUUUGCAACUGGCAGGAAUGCUUUCCACCACCCUUUCCGCCAUCUCUUUGAUUUUGCAGUAGAUCAGGUGAUAACAUACCUUCUAAUUUCUGCAUCGUCUUCGGCUGCCACACGGGUUGAUGAAUGGCGAUCCAACUGGGGAAAAGACAGGUUCCCGGAUAUGGCGAGUGCGUCUGUGACAGCUUCCUUCUUUGCCUUCCUUUCGUUGGCUUUCAGCUCUAUCAUCUCUGGUUAUGUUCUUUGCACUUCCAGAUCCAUGCACACUUAAAGUGAUUUGGUGUUUUGCAUGUAAUUUUACUCUCUUGUAACAAGCUGUUUAUUCUCAAGAAAUAUGUAAAGCCCCCUAAGUCCAAGGAAUUUGAGAUUAAGGAUUGCGAAAGUUUAGUUUUCCAGCUAACGGGAAGUACAUCUUCAGCGCACCGGAGGGAGUGACCGAGACUGUUGAGUGGAUAAAUUGAGAGAGCAGAUGGAGUGAAGCCUUGACUCAUGACUUCAAUUCCUUAACAGUUCAAUAUUGCUCAUCAUAUAAAGUUUAUGGGGACAUCAGUUUUGAACCGGAACUGGUAUUGGUACUGUCGGUUAUAGAAACAAAACCGAUAGUGAUCAUAUGUUGGGAUAAAAACAGGGGUCUCCUUAGAAAAUGUAGUGUCAAUCACAUUUCACCAGAAAUGAAAUUUGAAUUAGUUCCUAAGAAGUAAGAACCAGAACUAGGACCUUGUUAUUUUAGUUUCUUUUGCAGUUCUAUCAUAUUGAGAAUUGAUACUGGUGGUUCCAAAUUUGGAGCUGGCAAGGAAAAGAACAAGUACAAUGAUUCAAUUUACCCUUCAUACGUGUUUUAACUUUUAACAAUACUAUUAUUCAGA